CCCCUUUUGAUUAAGACGAAAUUAGCAAUUUCUAUUCGCCCGCCGCUCUCGCGAGUGCCCACGACAGCGACAGUCCCCAGGAAACCCCCCUUCACGGAGAUUUGGGGACCAAGCAGGCAAGCUGAGCUGGCAGACCAGAGGCCUGUUCGUACCGUUGCUUCGUCUCUUCAGGGCCCGACCUUGGCGACGAGAGGCUCAACCCCCUUCUGCUCUCCGUCCACGUUCGCCCAGUCGUAAAUUCUAAUCCUAAUCACCUCACUCUUGGGAAACUUCUCCCUUUCCGCUCUUUUGCACCACCUCACCCGCCCGGACAGAACCUCUUGCUCUGCUCCUCCUUCCCCCCACGGCCAGACGGUCACCACGCUCCUUUUACUUUUUCAAACCGUCUUGCCUCUAGCAGGCGCGCCAUUCUUUUCCCGCCUUGCCUUUUGACUCCCCCCGCCGACGACGAUACCUUCCUUACUCGCCGCCGACACCGCUCUUUUAUUCAAAUUGUUUUGCGCCCUCACGAAUUCUUGACGAGCUUCGGAUAGAUUUUUAGAGCCCUUUGCGCCUGUUUGACUGCCUGUUGAUACCUUGCGCCAAAAGUGAACCCUUGCCCUGUCGCGCGACUUUUCCCAGACAACACAUCCCACGUCGACGUCGCCCAGAAACUGGAUAACGGCUUUUUUCGGUAAAAUUAGAAAGGGAGGAAAUAUUCACGACCAAUUUCUUGUCAUCUCGAUCCCGACACGAAUGUUAUGACAACAUCUUUCUGCGCAAGCUAGCAUUGACGUCUUUCACCACCUCACGCCAUUUCUAACGCAGAUACCAUCUUCUGUUGCCCUAUCAACCAGCCCUUUUCACUGCGCUAUCCGACCAUUCUGGAUUUGGAAAUUGUCUAGGAAGGGAGGAAUACUUGGGUUGUCAAGAUGGAGGGAGGAUUUUUAGAUGGACAGCUUUAUCCCAUGGGGCCUAGGGUCCCGGGGCUGGAGAAGCGCGGCCUCGCCGUGGAGAUGCCGACGCCAAUUACUGGAAUCAAGUUCCCUCGCGCCGUUUUGGCUGCGAGAGCCGAGGAGACCGACUGCCCGGAUCCGCGACUUUGCCAGAAGCCGGUUGGCUCGUCUUCCAUGACCUUGCCAAUUGUUCUUGGAGUAUGCAUUCCCUUGGUUGGAGCGAUUGGUGUUUUGAUUUACCUUCACCGGAGGACGGUCAAAAAGAACAGGGAGGAGGAUAUGCAUGAUCCCCACAAGUCCCUGGAUUUUGGGUUGGGCGCCGAUUUUGCGAAGAAUGGCGCCGGUGUGGCCAACAGUGCCGACCCGUCGCGCUUCAACCGUCAAAAGCGCCAGCAAAUGUCAAUGGACAUGAACCUUUCCAGCCCCUAUCUUCUCCCGGAUGUUGGCCACUCUCGGGAUUCCCUCAACUCUCUGGCCCGCACUCUCAAGGCAAACGAUGACCCGUACAGCCGUAGCGAUGCUGGUUCGAUAAGAUCGUUCGCGCACAAGAACGGAGACGCCGCCUCGGUGUACACUCGCGCUGCUAGUCGCUCUGCCAGUCGCCAGGAUGGCCCGCUUUCCCCCCCUCAGACAAGGAGUCCUCCACGCCUCGGCAGCAUGCCGCCCAACUCGCCCCUUUUGCCCCCAUCGCCGAGCCAUAUGCGCCCACCACAGUCACCCCUUCCUCAGCCACCCAACAAGCCGGCCAAUUCGCAAGGGUGGGAAGAGCAAGACAUUGGUGUUGCAACGGAUGCGCCCAUUCUUCAGGAACCGCCCGCUGCCGCUCAAAGGGAUGCUCGGAAAUCUCCUCUCUCUCCUACUCUCAAGACCAGCGACUCUAGCCUUGAUCUCGCUCCUCCAGUUAAUCCCUUCGAGAAGCCCGAGGCUCAAGAAAUUGACACUCCCACCGAGCCCACUCAUGUUGGUCUGGGACUCAUGCACGGCGAGCCCGCUCAGGCCUCAGUCAGGACCUCCACUUCGACGGUCAACAGCGAACUCGAGAGCAAAGCGCAACGCGGGCAGCCCGCCCAAGCACCUGCUGUGAUCGAGCCUGAACGCGCCGAGUUCCACGACUUCGACUUCACCGAUAUGCCCAGGAUGCCCCGGUCACCCUCGCCCGAGGGCCGCAAGGAGAACCAACUUGAUGCGGACGAGCCCAGAGGCCGUAAUAUGCAGAGGACGUCACAUCUGUAUGACCAGCAGGAGGGGGCUGCGAAUGGCUUGGGCGUCCCGAUGGGCGACAACCGUCGUCUUUCUGUUGGUUUCCGUCCUCUGCCGCCAGACGAGAUCACGGAAUCCGAGGACCCAGAGUACAGAGCCAACCGCAUCAGAUCUUUCUACAAGGAGUACUUUGAGGAUUCCGCUGCUGACAGACCACCGAUGCCACCCAUGCCCCAGAAUAUCCCAGCCCAGCACCAGCAAAAGCGCCCUGGACCGCCCGGGCCACAGAACGGAGGGUACUACGAUGACUACGCCGCGGAUGCUCCUUACUUUGAUCCUGCCUCGAACUCUUUCAUCAUGCCGUAUGCCCAGCCUGUUUCUCGCCGUGCCAUGACACCGCCCCCAUCCGGACAGAGAUUCCCCGGUCCCAGAGGUCCUGGUGGUCCAAGAGGUCCCGGUCCGAGAGGACCGCCUGGCCCGCCCGGCCUUCGCGGUCCUCCCAGACCUGGGUCUUCCGUUUCCAACCAGAUCGGCGGUCCCUCCCGCCCGGGAUCCAGCAUGUCGAACGCCUACGGCCGUCCCCGCGCCGGUUCUACCAUGUCCGGUGGCCGUUUCGGUGGUAACGGUGGCAACAGAACGCCCGUUCCUCCCCCGAUGGAUCUCCCCACCCUCCCAACCCCCUCCAUGAUGAAGGACGACUCGUUUGCCAUCCUGAACGCGGCCGACUUCGCUCCUCCCGAGAACUUUGCCUCGCGUGCCCGUGGCAGAUCCCAGAGCCCAGCUGGCGAGCGCCGGCCGUAUGAGAGGAAGGUCCCAGUGCACUCGCCCUUGGUGAACGCCUUUGAUGAGCUCCCCGUUCUCCCCAGCCCUCACACCCUCCGCAAAUCCAGCACUUUUACCGGUCUCGACUUUGCGCCCCCCCGCAAGUUCGUCAACGACAACGACGCCCGCAGCGACGCCGGCUCCAUCCGCAGCAACCGCAGCGGCUUGUCGAAUGUGCACGCCCAAGCCAUCAAGAACGGCGCGGGCCGCAUCAGCAAGCUGCCCGGCGACCAGAUCUUCACCCCAGACGCCCUGGCUCAGACCUUGAAGCCAUCGUGGGGUCUGCGUGACAAGGUGUAAGAAAAAAGGAGAUAUGAUGAUUUUGGGUUCAUGUUUUUCGCAUUCUUGCUCUCCAACAAAGGCGGGGACUGCUCCUCAUUUGAUAUGCAAACAUUUUCUCCGUUUCAGCAGGUUACUCACCUACGGUUUGUUCCUGUUUCUGGCAUAUUAUCAUCGGUGUCACGUCGUUUUUCUCUCUCAUCCAAAGCAUCAACGCGAGUUUAUUAGGGUUGGUUUUUGAACUGGUGUAAAAAGGGGCGUGUUUUUGCUGGCUUGAAACUUUUAUUUUGCUGUUGGCUAUAUCUGUUUGUAGUAGAGAGGGAAAGGGAAAUCAAGUUCUUUUUUAGACCAAGGUGGAGGUUUACUUUUUGGAGAUGGGAGGAAAAGAUGGGAAAGAGACUAUACUAUUGUAUGUCUAAAUUUUGUUCAAAAAACCCUUACAUAUAUAUAAAUUUACCAAACGUAUAUAUUCACACACCUUGUUUUGGA